AUGUCUCCAGCCAAAAGCGAUGAUGAUGUUAUCCCCAUCAUCGUUAACGUAGUGCCAUCACCUAAUGAACAGUACAAAGCAUCACUUGUUAUUCUGGGAAUUACCUGCGCUAGUUGUGUAUCGAUAAUCGAGAAAACCAUCAAAUCACUUCCAUCAGUUGUCGCUGACUCGGUCUCUGUAAACCUACUCACCGGAGACACUCGUUUUGUUUUCACGGAUUCAACUCUCACUUCAUCCGUAAUUAGGGAUACGGUUGAGAGCAUAGGAUACGAUGUGGAGUCAGUUACUGUUACUCAACACGAAUUCAAGCACAUGUCGCUUGCUUCUUCAGUUUUCAGCAGAGCUAGCAAACCCAAAGGUGACGAUGUUGAUUUAUCCCCUGUAACCACUCGAUUGGCUAUUACUGGAAUGACCUGCGCUUCUUGUGUCAAGGUUGUUCAAGACACUUUGCAAAAAUUGCCAGGAGUAUUAACAGCUACUGUCAACUUGUUACUAAAUGAAGCUUCGAUAGAACACGAAUUACAACUUGCCGGGCCUCGCGAUUUGAUAGAUGCAAUCGAGAGUGUGGGCUAUGAAGCUAAAUUAAUAAUAGCACAGACAAAUAGAAACUUGAUACAAGAGAGAGCAAGAAAGCAAACCCAACUACUCAAAAAAAGGUUCCUUCUUUCUCUCGCUGCCGCAAUUCCUACAUUCGUCAUAUCAAUGGUUAUAAUAAUGUGGCUACCAGAUGACCAUCCAAUUAAAAUGAAAUUUCGUACUGAAAUUAUACCCGGUUUGGAUGUGGCUACCGUUAUUUUGUUUGUAAUAGCCACUCCCGUUCAAUUUUAUCUUGGAGCUCCAUUCUAUAUGAAAGCAUACAAGUCACUGCGCUAUGCUCAUGUGGCUAACAUGGAGACGCUUGUUGCUAUUGGAACAUCUGUCUCUUAUUUCGGAUCCAUCGCCACCGUAAUGAUAGCAAUUUCUGAGAAAAGUAAAAAUUAUGGAGGCGAAUUCUUCGAGACAUCUGUGUUUUUAAUUACAUUCAUAUGGUUGGGCAAAUUGAUGGAAGUUAUGGCUAAAGGGAAAACAUUUGAGAGUAUCACCAAAUUAAUGGAACUACAACCAGAAAAGGCAACAUUAGUGGAGGUAGCAGAAAAUAAUGAAGAAACCGAAAAGGAAAUUGACUUUGAAUUAAUACAAGUCAACGAUAUUCUCAAAGUCAAUGCUGGAGCAAAGUUUCCCUGCGACGGAGUAAUUACUCGCGGCAUCGCUACUAUUGACGAGUCAAUGCUUACCGGUGAACCAAUUCCAGUCGUUAAAUCCCUAGGAGACCAGGUAUUCUCUGCAACGCUCAAUCUCAACUCGACGACUUGGAUCCAAGCGACACACGUUGGAACAGACACCACACUUGCCCGAAUUAUUACUCUUAUACAAGAAGCACAAGCAUCAAAAAAGGCACCAAUCGAAGUAUUAGCCGAUAAAAUAUCACAAUAUUUUGUUCCAGCUGUGAUACUAAUUGCAACGAUUGACUUUUUAAUAUGGCUUAUACUCGGAGCGCUCAACGCGUUUCCCAAAGAAUGGAUACCAGAAAGUCAGAGUUAUCCAGUGUUUGCGCUAUUCUUUGGUAUUUCCGUAUUGGUUAUUGCCUGUCCAUGUGCAAUGGGAUUGGCAUCUCCAACUGCCAUAAUGGUCGGCACAGGAGUAGCAGCUAAAUUUGGAAUCCUAAUUAAGGGAGGAGGAGAAGCAAUACAAAUGGCCAGCCGUAUUAAUACCAUUGUAUUUGACAAGACUGGCACUCUAACACGUGGGAGACCGGCGGUCGUUAACUGUAGAUUAUUCAUCAAUCGCGUACGUAGUGAUCGACGUACGUUGCAGCAAAGAAAACUGAUACUACAGAUUAUCGGAUUAGUCGAGUCAGCAAGUAAUCAUCCACUCGCCCUCGCCGUUUGUCAAAUGACUACCCGCAAGCUUCAAGAAGAGACAGAAACCGAUGACGUUGUAUUGGAUGCAGCAACAGAAGUGCCUGGAAAAGGACUGCAAGCCACCGUCAGUGUAACAUCCCUACUAUCGUCCACACUUAUUCCAUGCAAGUCAUGCGUACCUGCUCAAACUACAAAAUAUAAUGUCUGUAUCGGCAGUUACGAAUGGGUUAAAUCCCUUGGUUUUUGUUAUCCGCCUGGCUUGUCUGAAGAAAGUACAACUGAACAAAUCCAAAAAUGGCGUGAACAAGGGCAGUCCAUUGUUGUAGUGGGUGCUACCAUGAUGAAUGAAGUAAGCGGUUCGAGCGCUAAUCUGAUUAUUGCUCAAUUUGGAAUUGCCGACACUAUUCGCACAGACGCUGCCUAUACGGUGAAUUGGUUGAAAGAUAAGGGGAUAGAUGUAUGGAUGAUUACCGGCGAUCAUCCUACUGCAGCCAAUACUGUUGCCAAACAAUUAAACAUUGAUAACGUCAUUGCUCAAGUGACGCCCGAGAACAAGGCAGAAAAGGUUAAAUGGCUUCAGCGACGGAUAAGAAUAGUUGAAUCUCCGCAAACCAUGGGAAAGAAGACAACAAAAGAGCUUGAUAAUGGUGGUUAUGCAGUUGACAAGACCAGCAACGAGAGGCCAGUUGUAGCCAUGAUUGGAGAUGGAAUAAACGAUUCGCCAGCGUUGGCUCAAGCCGAUCUAGGAAUAUCAAUCGCAUCUGGCACAGACAUUGCAAUCGAGUCGGCUUCCGUUAUCCUCGCUCGAUCUACACUCAAGUCACUUACGACAAUGAUACAGUUAUCUCAGGCGAUAAUCAAAAGAAUAAGAAUUAAUUUUGUGUGGGCGUUUUUGUACAAUACUAUUGUUAUUCCAAUAGCAGCCGGAGUAUUCUUUCCUUUAUCUAAGAAGAGUUUGCCGCCCGAAUUGGCCGGUUUGUUAAUGGUCUGUAGUUCAGUUAGCGUUGUAUUAAGUAGUUUACUGCUAAGAAAAUUCAGAGAGAAAUAA